AUGUCUGGAUCUUAUCUUUUUUGGAUUCAUGUGACCCAUUUUAUUCCAAAACUUGGAUUUGUUGCAACAUUUAUGUUUGGCAUGUGUCUACUGUCCUUGAACUAUCUCGGUGCUCAGAAAAAUUUCGGAUCUUACAAGUACCUGAUCACUGCAUUCACAAUGCUGGGAAUGACUUUUGCGACAGUAGAAAUUAUAGUGUACCCGAAUGUUCACAACUACAAAGCCAGCUUUCUGUUCUAUAGUUUUGAGGAAUCUUUUGGUUUACGUGGAUCGUGGUCAAGAAAUAUUCCUCUGGCAAUUUACACAUUUUUCCAUUCCGCAACCAUGUCUCUAUUAUCAGUGCAAUUCAUUUAUCGAUAUUGGGCAGUUUUUGACACGAACAAACUUGCAUACUUCGAAGGAUGCAAUUCUCUUUUUUGGUUUUUCUAUUGCGCAUUUUUUGGCUUUCAAUAUGCUCUUGGUACCUACUUUUUCUUAGCAAGAGACGAAAUAACAGAUGACUACCUUCGUGAAGAUAUGCUUCUUAGAUAUAAUGCGAAUAUAACUGAGAUCCCAGCAAUGGCAAUAGUUGCCUAUGAUCCUGUGGAUGGAUCAGUAAGAUGGAGAAAUGUUAUAGGAAUAUUGAACAUUUGCUCAAUUGUCAACUUUCAAUAUGGUGUCAUGAUCUACUGCGGAUGGUCGAUGCACACAAAAAUGGAAGAUAAAAUUAAGAAUUUUUCGGAGACUCUUAGAAAACUCCACAAACAGUUUUUCAAGACUCUGGUGCUCCAGAUAACAGCUCCUACAAUCAUAUUAUUCAUUCCCAUCACAAUUAUAAUAUUUCUUCCUCUGUUCAACUUAGACGUCAGUCUUCCAUCUGGUGUCAUGCUAUGCAGCUUCGCAUUGUAUCCUCCCACUGAUUCAUUCAUCGUCAUGUUCGUUGUGUCGGAGUAUAGAAGUACUGCCAAAAGAACUCUAGCAACUUUUUCAAACGGCAUCAAAAAAUUUAAACAGUCUAGAGUUGGUGGAAUUCCAUCUGGAACUAUAAGUUCUCGUUACAUUGCCUCAUGA